AUGGAUCGAAGUUGGACAAGACCACACAUAAGUGACAAGUAUGACAAUGGAGUUGAAGAUUUCUUGCAAUUUGCCAAACAUAAUGCAACACCCAUUGGUGGACUAUACUUAUGUCCAUGUGUUAAUUGUUUGAAUGGACGACGACAAUCUUUGGAUGACAUUAGAACACAUCUUAUAUGUGAUGGUAUCAGUCCAAAUUAUACGAAAUGGAUUUGGCAUGGUGAAUUACCACAAAUGUCAUCAAGCCCUCCGACUGCUCCAGUUGACGAAGAAGUUGGUGAUCGUAUAGAAGACAUGCUACGUGAUCUUGGACAAGAGGGUUUUAGGCAAGCACAUUCACCUUACUAUGAAAGCUUAGAUACUGAUUCUACGACUCCAUUGUAUAUGGGAUGCACAAAGUACACACGGUUAUCAACGGUCUUAGGUUUGGUGAAUUUGAAAGCAAGAUUUGGGUGGAGUGACAAAAGUUUCAACGAAUUACUUUUGUUAUUGAAGAAUAUGCUUCCUGUAGAUAACACAUUACCCAAGAACCAUUACGAGGCAAAGAAGAUAUUAUGCCCUGUGGGUAUGGAAUACCACAAAAUGCAUGCUUGCCCUAAUGAUUGUAUUUUGUAUAGACAUCAAUUUGCUGAAAUGCGCAGCUGCCCUACAUGUGGAGCGUCACGUUACAAAGUGAAGUCUGAUGAAAGCAGUGUUGAUGGAAGCACAUACAAAGAUUGUCCAUCAAAAGUGUGUUGGUAUCUUCCAGUAAUACCAAGGUUUAAGCGAUUGUUUGCUAAUGCACAAGACGCAAAACACCUAACAUGGCAUGCUGAUGGGAGGAUUAAAGAUGGAUUGCUCCAUCAUCCUGUUGAUUCUCCUCAAUGGAAGUCAAUUGAUGAGUUGUAUCCAAAAUUUGGACAAGAUCCCAAAAACCUAAGGGUUGGUCUCGCCUCUGAUGGAAUGAAUCCUUUUGGGAACUUGAGCUGCAACGACAGUUCCUGGCCUGUUUUGCUGAUGAUUUACAACCUUCCUCCUUGGUUGUGCAUCAAACGGAAGUACAUAAUGAUGUGUAUGAUGAUAGCCGGUCCCAGACAGCCAGGAAAUGACAUUGAUGUGUAUUUUGCUCCGUUGAUUGAAGACCUCAGGAAAUUGUGGGUAGAAGGGGUUGAUGUGUAUGAUAGGAAUGCUCAGGAGACAUUCAGGUUGCGUGUAAUGAUUUUUUGCACCAUUAACGACUUUCCGGCAUAUAGGAAUUUGAGUGGAUAUAACGUCAAAGGCCACCACGCAUGUCCUAUAUGUGAGAAAGACACAAGUUACAUCCAAUUAAAGCAUGGAAAUAAGACAGUGUAUACAAGACAUCGAAGAUUUUUAAAAGCUUUUCACCCAUACAGGCGAAUGAAGAAGGCAUUUAAUGACACAUCUGAGUUUGACAGUGCACCGAUUCCUUUGUCAGGUCAUGAAGUUUUUGAUCGGGUGAAGAACAUCGUCCCUAUAUAUGGGAAGACACAAAAAAAGGAUGGGUCCCACAACCAGCUUUGGAAGAAAAAGUCUAUAUUUUUUUAUCUGCCUUACUGGUGUCAUUUAGAUGUGAGACAUUGUUUAGAUGUUAUGCAUGUUGAGAAAAAUGUAUGUGAUAGUCUAGUUGGGACACUGCUAAACAUUAAAGGCAAGACAAAAGAUGGUUUGAAAUGUCGUCAAGAUUUAGUAGAGAUGGGCAUACGACAACAGUUGCACCCAGUUUCAAAAGUUCGAGAAAUACGGUUGUGCGGGCCCGUUUAUCUGCGUUGGAUGUAUCCUGUUGAGCGGUACAUGAAGGUAUUGAAAGGUUAUACGAAAAAUCAAUAUCGCCCAGAAGCAAGCAUUGUUGAAAGGUAUGUGGCUGAAGAAGCCAUUGAGUUUUGUUCUGAGUACAUUGAAAAUGAUUCACCUGUUGGUCUUCCUGAAAGCCGUCACGACUCCACCCGGCAAGGAAGGGGUACACGAGGAUUCAAUGUUGUAACCAUGGAUCGGGAACAGGUCUCACAAGCGCAUUUAUAUGUACUAAACAACACUGCUGAAGUUAUACCAUACUUAGAUGCUCACAAGGAAUAUGUUGCAGCUUGUCACCCAAACAUAAAUAUGAUGUGUGUGUUGCAGGAGCACAAUAGGAGUUUCAUUAAUUGGUUUGGAAAAACAAUUUUUGGAAUUAACACUGCUUCUAAGACAUUAACAAUGUUAGCUGUUAGGCCUAAUCUGAAUGUCCUCACUUGGAAGGGGUAUGAUAUCAACAAUUAUUCAUUUUACACAAAAUCGCAGGAUGAUCACAGUGUUGUACAAAACAGUGGAGUCACCAUUGAUGCUCAUUCGGACCACUUUAGUAGUGCAGUGGAUAACCAUCCUAUUCGAGCGUCCAUGCCUUAUUAUGGACUAAUCAAGGAAAUUUGGGAGCUUGAUUAUGGUGAACUUAGAGUGCCUGAAAUGCAAGUGUCCGACAAGACAAAAUGGGGUUUACUUUGGUUGACCUUCAAAGGAUUGGGGAAAACAAUUGGUAUCUCUCCCGAUAUUGAUGCUUCAACCCUUGAUGUUAACGACAUGCUGACCUUCUCCACAGAAAUGCCUCCCGUAAAUGAUGAAAAUGAGGAGGAUGAUGUAUAUGCAAAUCGUAUCGAUCAUGACGAAGGCAUGGCAACACCCCCGAGGUCCCCUCCACCACCAGAUUCUCCUACGGAAACCACAAAAAAGAAGACUAGACAAACUACCAGGAUGCUAAGGUUGAAUCCCAAAAGCUUAGAUCAACCACGACCAACUGUCCACGUCAACCCUUCUACUAGUAGAGGAUCUGGCCCUCAUAAAGAAAAAUUUCAUAGUUACCUGGGGGUAGUGGCACGGGAGAAAAUCCCUAUCGUUCAUACUACUUGGAAGGAUGUCCCAGAAACUCUAAAAGUUCUUGUAUGGGAUGACAUUUUGGCCAAAUGUGACAUCCCUGAAGGUUUAACUGCGAAGAAGAAGGUUAUGUCCACCGUUGGGACCAAAUGGAGGCAAUUUAAGUCCUCCCUGACGACCAGAUAUGUAUAUGCUGAGAAUGACGAUGAACAAAACAAGGAUCCAUCUGCUAAGUAUGGUAUUGAUCGAAAUACAUGGGAAGAAUUUGCAAAGACUCGACAGACCCCUACUUGGAAGGUUUAA